AUGUCUACAAAAACACUAACGAUCCGUUGCCACUGUCGUUCCACUCACUUCGCCCUUACCGUUGAACCAACCUCCCUCCCGCUCCGCGCGCAUCUGUGCCAUUGCACCCUCUGCCGCACAACCCACGGCACAACCGCCUCGUACCACGCUCCACUUCCAGAAGGAGUAAAACCCUCCUUUAUAGCCCCCUCAAGCUGGGAUAAUCUUACUGCAUACACGCCGCCUGGGAGCGGAGCGAAACUGUACUUUUGUAGCACAUGUGGGUGCCAGGUUGGCGGGACGAACGUGCUCGGAAUAUGGGAUACGGUUGUCUCCAUCAUCGAAGGCGGGAACGAAGAAGAUGCGAUCUGGGUGAUCGACGAGCAUAUCUAUACCGAGAAAGGCUCCACGGGCGAUGGUGGGAUUGCGGAGCUCUUACCCCGGAUCGGCGAGAGAGAACUGAGGGUCUGGAAUCCAGACAUAAAAGGGACGGAGUUUCCUACUGCUGGUAGCGGUGCUGCCGGUCGUUCUGCGUCGCACAACAGACAGGACGACAAGCUUCUUGCGCAGUGCAACUGCGGCGGUGUCUCGUUCACCAUCUCCCGCCCGCGCGAGGACUUUAUGAACUCGCCGUUGAGCAAAGGGUGGAUACAUCCGUCUUUUAGGACAAAAUGGCUCGCGCUGCUGGAUGUCUGUGAUGACUGCCGUCUGCUGACAGGCGCACAUGUGACGACCUGGCUCUUCGUGCCGAUAGAUCAUAUCACACCAUCCCUCCCGGACGACCUGGUUAUUGGAACGAUGAAGCGGUACGAGUCGACUCCGGGGACCGUCAGCCGGACAUUCUGCGGGACCUGCGGCGCGACUGUGUUCUGCUAUUACGACAAACGAGGGGGGAUAGUUGAUAUUGCGACGGGGAUUCUGCGGGCACCUGAGGGUGUGAUGCUGGGUGAUUGGGCCGUUUGGAGGACUGCGAAGCUGGGGUUCAAGGACGAUGGCCGCAGGUAUGAUAAACUGUUUACGGAGGGGUUGGAGAAGGGGGCGAAGGAGUGGGGGAGGAGAGUGCAUGGGGAGGUUAUUGAUUUCCAAGGAGGACCGGCGACUGAUUAG